UCUUCCCGUGUUUUCAUUUGCGGUAUCAUAUUGGAGUGCUAAAAGCGGUUUGGAACGUAAUUUUUCGUGAAAAGAACACACAAACGCUACCGACAUGGCACUCCGAAUGUUCCGACUGGGCCAGGAUGUGGUUACCCCCCUGAUUAAGCGCAACUGUGCGGUGUCAGCGUUCGAGCUGCAGCACAAGAAUCCCGUCCAGCGGAAGGUGGAGGUGAUUCCCAAGGCGCAGUAUGGUGGGCGCCACACGGUUACGAUGCUGCCGGGCGGCGGUAUUGGCCCGGAGCUGAUGAGCUACGUCCGCGAAGUGUUCCGGUUUGCCGGCGUGCCGGUGGAUUUUGAGAUUGUCGACAUCGACCCGGCCAGCGAGGGAAACGAUGACCUGGAGUACGCCAUCACGUCCAUCAAGCGCAAUGGUGUUGCGCUUAAGGGAAACAUCGAAACGAAGUCGGAAGCCACUGGCAUUUUGUCUCGUAACGUGGCCCUCCGCAAUGAGCUGGAUCUGUUCGUGAACGUGCUGCAUUGCAAGUCGUUCAACGCGAUUCCGGCGCACCACUCGAACGUGGACGUGGUGAUCGUGCGACAAAACACCGAGGGCGAGUACGCCAUGCUGGAACACGAGAGUGUGCGCGGUGUGGUGGAAAGCAUGAAGGUGGUGACGGUCGAGAAUGCGGCCCGUGUCGCCCGGUUUGCGUUUGAGUUUGCCAAGAACAACAACCGCAAGAAGGUGACAACCAUCCACAAGGCAAACAUCAUGAAGCUAUCCGAUGGAUUGUUCCUGAAGGUGGCUAAGAACAUUGCCAAGGAGUACCCGGAUAUCCAACACAACGAUAUGAUUAUCGAUAACUGCUGCAUGCAGCUGGUUUCGAAUCCGCACCAGUUUGACGUGAUGAACACGACCAACCUGUACGGAAGUAUUACGUCGAACGUACUGUGCGGUUUGGUAGGCGGUGCUGGAUUGUUUUCCGGUCGUAACUAUGGUGAUCAUUAUGCCGUUUUCGAGCCAGGCACUCGUAACACUGGUACGGCCAUUGCCGGCAAAAACGUCGCUAACCCGGUUGCCAUGCUGAAUGCGGCCGUUGAUAUGCUGUACCAUCUCGGUCACCGGUAUCACGCCGAUUGUAUUUCCGAUGCCCUCCACAAAACCAUCGAUAUUGACGGUGUCCAUACGCCGGAUCUCGGUGGUAACAACACAAGCACGGAUAUCGUCCAGAACGUUCUGAAGCAUCUGGCCGAGAAGAGAACGUACUGAGCAAACGAGGACAUCUUCAGCACUGCAGUGGCUUAUUGUUACCAACGGAGCAAAAUACCAAGCUUUAAACAGAGUCAGUAAAGUUUCAUAUGCUUUAAGCAAAGGGAUCUGGAAGCUGGAUUGUUCUAUUUAUGAUUUUAGUCAUAAUUUUCUUUGCAUAAAAUGUGUAAUAAAUUUCAUUGAAAUUCUCAAAACGAAUUAAUCUCAAACAGAAUAUGGGUUCUGCUUUCCAGGGUAUACAUUGGUUUUAUCUUUCGAUUCUUAUCAAAAACAAAUUUACUAGUCGGCUGUUACUUAGAGCCGUUUAUAUCUAAAUUAUUAUGGCCAUAUAGAAAUACUGAACGUAAACCAUUCUCUGCGAAGUAUUAAAAUAAACAUAAAUGCAGUGUAUGAUAAUAAAAUUGACAAAUGAAU